AUGUUGGAUUGUCUCCUCCAUUGCUGGACUGCAUGGAGUGCUGGACGGAGAGUUGCUGGCUGGUUUUGCUCUCCAAAUGAAACCUAUAGCUGCACCACUUCUGCUCCACUGCUACUGGAUUCUAGUUUUGUUGAUCAAACACCUGUAUCAAUCUUCAGCAAGGAUUUUCGGGAUUAUGCUGACGUUUGCUUCAAGGCAUUUGGAGAUAGAGUUAAGCAUUGGGUUACACUGAACGAGCCAUGGACUUACAACAUUAAUGGCUAUGCAAAUGGAACAAUGGCACCAGGACGUUGUUCUAGUUGGGUAAAUCCAAAUUGCGUUGGAGGAGAUUCUGGUACAGAGCCCUAUAUAGUUUCACACAACCAACUUCUUGCUCAUGCAGCAGCUGUUCGUGUAUACAAGACCAAGUACCAGGCAUCACAGAAGGGUUUGAUAGGCAUUACCUUGGUAUGUAAUUGGUUCAUACCAUUUUCAGAUACCAAAUCUGAUCAGAAAGCUGCUGAAAGAUCGGUUGAAUUCAUGUAUGGAUGGUUGGAAAAGCUAUAACAAAAGAUGAUAAAGCUCAAACAUAAUUGUUCUGGUUGUGAUUACAAGUUGCUAAAUUAGUAUUGAAGUCCAAAGUGUUAUUACUACAGAGAGUGUGGAUGCAGGGCAUAUAUAUUUAUUGUAUGGGAUGUUAGUCAUGAUUGAUAUUGUUAUAUAUAUUACAUUUAUUACGUUAUAUAU